UCUUAUGUUCCCAUUUUAUAAUAAGAAAAAAAAUCAAAAAUAUCAAAUAGACAUCCCUCCACGUGUCGAAAUUUCAAAAAGUAACCACAAAUUGACUGGCCCACCAACAACCUCGGUUUGACUUCAAUGUAGGUCAAUCCAUGAACCUAUAUAACCAAAUGUACCUUUGUAUUUCCAUUUAGACAACACCACCCACCCAACCCCCAACCCCACUCCAAUCCUACAUGUUAUAAUAAUAAUCCAAAAUUUUCAUAAUAAUCCUAUAUAUAUAUAUAUAUAUCUUCUCUCUUUUUCCAUUCCUAAAAAUAAUCCUAUUUUUGUUGCAUGGAUUUCUCUCUUCCAUUGGUUACAACUAUGAGUUUCAUUAAGGAAGAAAUGCCAAGCCCACUAAAUGAUCAAAUUUUGAAUUUUUGUGAAUCUGAACUUUUUUCAGAAUUACAAAAUUCAGAUGUUGCUUCUAGCUCAAAUGGUUGUUGUUAUGAUGAACAAUCUUCAUAUAAUAAUAAUACUAACACCAAUUUUGACCUAAACAAAUUCCAAAACACCAAUGAAAAAAAUGAUGAAACCAUCACAAAAAGAACAACCAGCACGACUACCGAUGUUAGCAGGUCUGGCCCCUGCCCUGCUAACAUCGAUGACAACAACAACAACAACCACAACAACAACAACGACAAUAUGUCAAUGAUAUUUGAUGCAGAAGAUGACAUCUCUGCAUCAAUAGACUUCACACCAACCGCGAACUUCACUGUCCCUGAUCAUUUCUUACAACAACAAGAGGAACAAUUCGACAUAAUUCCUCUUAACAAUCAUCCUGGCCCUGAUAUUUCUCUGCCUCAGCCUCAUGUAAUGACACUCAUGGGGCCUCCAUUAGGUCAUUCAUACGAAGGCGAAUCAUUGUCCUCUGUCCCUCCUUACAUGAGAGGGCUCGCGUCUACUUCUACUUCUCCUUCUUGUGUACUUCUUGAUCCUAAUGUGGUAAAUUACCUCCAAGGGAACCUUAAUAACACAAUGAAUUCAGAAGUUUCAACAAUGUUUGCUGCAGCUACUAAUAGUGGCUUGUUCUUUGGAUCCCAAUUGCCAAAUCAAGAGUCGGAUUUUCAAGGAGAGAAUGGUAGGAUUUUCUGCCCUGAUUCCUUGCCAAGGAUCUAUAAUAGUGAGCUUCAGGGACUAAGCAACGAGAGUCAGCAUUUGGUUAGUGGUGGUGGUUGUUCCAACACUUUGGCCAUAGAAAUCACAAGCUUUGAAGAUCCUAUCCAUACUAAAACUGGCAGAUGUUCAGUUGAGGAAAGAAGGGAGAAGAUAAUUAGAUACAUGAAGAAAAGAAAUGAGAGGAAUUUCAGCAAAAAAAUUAAGUAUGCAUGCAGAAAAACACUAGCAGAUAGUAGGCCAAGAGUGAGGGGAAGAUUUGCAAGAAAUGAUGAAUUUGGUGAGGCAAGUAAAGCAAAUUCUUGUGGAACUAUUGAAGAGGACACAAUUAGUCAUGAAGAUGAAAGGCUCAAUAAUAUUAUGUAUCAUUCAAAUAUGGUUGUUGCUUCUUCAACUCAUCAUCAUCAUCAUGACAACAAUGGAAGAAUUUUCACCUCCAUUUGUCAUGUAUCAACUACUAGUCCAUAUGAUAUGUGCACCCCUCUCUAUUGUACUGAUGGCCAAAUGCAUUAACCUUGAGAUUUUAUAAAGCUCUCCAAUGUGCUCCUAUAGGUUCUCCUCUACAUAUAACAAGUAUAGGUGGUGAAAGAUGAAGAGGUGGAAUCAUUUAUAUAUACUUCCACAUAUUAUUGGUGUGAAUAUCUUCAAAAUCAAACAUUGCAUCAAGCAAUCUUAGAUUUGAUCAGCUGUCAAGGAUUCAAUUUUGCAGAACUAUGUUUCCAAUAGGUUGUAUUAAUUAGUCAUAAACUAAUAGAUAAAACUAAGAAUAACUUGUAAUAACUUACUAAAUGUCCCAUGAUGGGGACAUGUAAAUUUUGUAAAUGUUUGUGCUAUUGUAAGUUGUAAUUUUGUGUUUUGUAUGCCAAGAGUUAUCCUGGUUAGGAAAUUUGAGGCCCAAAAGGAAAAGGAUUUAUUAGGGCGAUGUGGAUAAAUAUUGGCAUCGAUUUGGGGUCAUCAUAAGUUGAUAAUUGUAUCCAAAAUUACAUUAAUCACUAUAUAAACAAUGACAUGCA